ACUAUUAAAGUGACGUUCACGUUCACGCAUGCGUGCUGUGAUGUGAUGGCCGACGACGCCAAAAUUUUCUAAAAUUAAAUAUCAUUGACGGCUUGACUACAGAUCGCGUACCUGAGUAUUGCUUUUUGUGCAUAAUAUUGAACUGUUGGUGUAGUUUUAGUGUCGAAAAUGUUGGGGUCUGGCGACGGCGGCAACAUUGUAAAGCUGAGAGGCUUGCCUUUCUCUACGACCGUUGAAGACGUCCUCGACUUUCUCAGCGGCGUCAACGUACUGAACGGAAAGGAUGGUGUGCAUCUCACUGAAGUGCGGCCUGGCAGGCCCUCUGGAGAGUGCUUUGUGGAAGUUGAGACACCAGAGGAUGUUGAUGAAGCCCUGAAAAAGGAUAAGGAGAAUAUGGGGAAGAGAUACAUUGAAGUCUUCUCCACCGACCGCCAGGAUAUGGAAUGGGCUCUAAACGCCAUGCGUCAAAGCGAAAACGGCUUUGGCAGUCUCCCCCACGUGACUGACGACAUGGGCAUCGUCAAGCUCCGGGGCCUGCCAUUUGGCUGCUCGAAGGAAGAAAUCGUCCAGUUCUUCGAUGGGUUGAACGUCGCUACUGACGGGGUGCAUUUGCUUUCGGACUCCACGGGUCGAGCCUCCGGAGAGGCCUUCGUACACUUCUCAGACAAGGAGAGCGCGGAUCAGGCGCUGUCGAGGGACAGGGAGAAAAUAGGACACAGAUACAUAGAGGUGUUCAUGAGCUCGGCCGACGAGGUGCGCGCGUACGGCGCCCGCAUGGAGGGCGGGGGCUUCCGCUCCACGCGCGGCUACCGGCCCGCGCCCUACGACCGCAACGACCGCUUCGGCGGCGGCGGCGGCCGGCCGGCGCGCGGCCGCGGCGGCGGCGGUGACAACUUCUCCGGCGGGUUCGGCGGCGGCGGUCGCGGCGGGUUCCGACGCGGAGGCGGCGGCGGCGGCGGACACUGCGUGCACAUGAGAGGGCUGCCUUUCAAGGCGUCGCCACAGGAUGUCGCUUACUUCUUCAAACCCAUCCGGCCGAUGAACAUCACCAUACUAUUCGAUAACAGUGGGCGGCCUUCGGGAGAGGCUGAUGUUGAAUUUGAAUGCCACGAGGACGCCAUGCGGGCCAUGCGUCGCGAUAAAAACAAUAUGGACCAUCGUUACAUCGAACUGUUCCUGAAAUCAGCGCCAGGUGGCGGCGGCGGCGGCUUCAAGGCAAACCGUAACUUUAGAAAUUGAAUCCAAAUGCCACACAAUAAGGUCUUUAUUGCCACAUACGCCAACAAACUUAUAAAGACCAUCGGUAAACGUAACUUUAGAAACUGAACUCUAUUGCCAACCGCUACGGUUUAUAUUCACUCAUACAAUACACCGACAGGGAUAUGUACAAGGCACGAAUGGAAUGGACGAAACUUUCGUUGUGUGAGUGACACCUGUAUCGGUAUACAGUCAGAGCCAACAUUUUAUUGGUUAACCGUUCCAUCGGUUUGCCGCUAUCACUGUCACAUUUCGCAAGAAAGAACGGGAAAGACAAUGCGCGUCUAGUGUCAAUUUUGGAUCGAAUUUUGUCGAUUUUUAUUUAUUUUAAAAACGUUGCCCUACAAUUACGAAAUUUGAAAGCUGUCAAAUUACUAUCUAAGUUAAGAUUGUUUUUUCUUCUUUUAUUGUUUAUAGUGUCACAUAAUAAAUAACCGUGUAAAGUUUGAUUAAAAGUCCUAGUUAGAGGUUACUUUGGGAAUUAAUUGUAUCCAGCGAAGUGUCAUAAUUCGUGUAUCGGAAGCUGUGUUAUUAAAGAUAAUAUAAUCAAGAACUACAUAUAUUUUUUCCACGUCUACGAAUAUCAACGUCACUUACAAAAAUAUGAUCAUAUAAGGAGAUUUUUCGCCUUCUGACUCAGGGAACGGCCUUAACGAACACACAGAUAUUUUCAUUCACUCAUUCAUUCCAUUCGUGCCAGCUCUUGUGAUUCGA